AUGGGGGUGGUGCCCGUGAGCAGCUUCGCGGCAGACGGGCUCGACUUCCGAGACUUCCUCUUUGUGGUGGUGGACCAGUUGAGCUACCGCGCCCUCAAGGACCUGCGGAAGCGGAAGAAGCUGCUGGCCCUCAUGGGCGGGGGCGCUGGCACCUCCCUCGCCGUGGAGCUACGGAACCUCGAGGAACGCGCGAGGCAAGAGCACGAGGAGAACAUGCACGCGCUCCGCUUUGGUUCGCACACUGUGUCCUUGCGCUAUGGGGAUGUGGUGCAGCUGCAGCACGUCCGCACCGGGCUCUACAUCGGCGUGAGGGGCAAGUUCUCCGCGGAGCACCAGGCCACCUCCCGUCGAGCAGAACUCCAGGAUGGGACUAUGGCAUCUUGGCUUACAGUGAACCCCUUCUUCUCGCACCGCACGCAGGGUGAGCUGGUGACUUUCAAUGAGAUGGCGCCGGGCUGA